AGAGAGUAGCCCUUGUAGAUUUCUGGAACAGAUUUAUUUUCUGUUAAUGAACUUUACUAUUGGAAUAAGUAACAGAAGAGAAGCAGCAAGCUUUCCUGUACCAUAUGUUGGCUGGUUAUCUGUAUAACUCUACCAGAAGCAAAUAUAGCAGGUAAGCUCAACACUUGAUGCAGAUUAUCUGAAUAUUAAAGAGAAGAUAUGGCAAUCAAUCUUUACUAGUUUAGGGAAGUUUCUACUGGAGGCAAGAUAUCUUCCAAGCAUGAUUUAUUCAAUUAAUUCCAGAAUCAGGAAGCCAUCAUAAAUUUGCUGGGCCUUAUGGUUAGGAGUUGGACGGAUCGAUGUCAUCCACAAUCACCAGGAAACUUCUGAUGUCAUGUUGCAGCAGACUGGCCAGUCAUGCUGUGAGGACGAGCACUCUGUGCUGAAUGCCCUCUUUGCAAGCCUUUUCCACUUCAAGGAAAUUGAUGGGAUUUUGGGCCUUUAGGCUAAUCCUCAAAAAACAACCAGGUUGGGCGAGGUAUUCGAGAAGGACGAAGGAUGCAUGUUUCUGUAGAUGCCUGGCGGGAGUGGCCUCAUCUCAAAUCGAAGCACCAUUGUGUAGAUUAGAAGGGACGAAGGACGAAGGAUGCAGGGUUGCGUAUGGGGGUUUCUCUUGUGUUUCUCAAUUUAAGAUUGGAUCCCCGGAGGAGAUAUACGCACCGACAGAAAGGAGCAACUGGAACUACAAGUACAGAAAACCUCUCACACACCAAGAGAAGAUAGAUAUAUUCGACAAAGGAAGAAGUUGGAUUGCCAAUAUAGUUUCUUUCCAUUCCAGAGAUGGAUUGGUCGGUCUGGAAGAGCCAAUGGCGACCAACCAUAGAGGCCCAAGAAUAUGCUCUUGUGCUUACAGAGGUGCGGAAAGGAUCAGCCGGCCGGUGGAGGUGCUACGGAGCGAGGGAGGGAGACGUCGCUGUUGAUUGUAUCCAUCUAGGGAAGCAUUUAUUAUUUAGUAGUUGCCGACGGGCUUGCUUCAGAUUUCCCGUCGAAUCUGUAGGUGUAGAACUAGGGCUGUAGCCAGAUAUACUGUAGAUAGAUAGAUGCAUGUGUUGUUCAUCGGAAAGGGACGCGGAGUUUCGGCUCCCGAGCUUAUCUGCACCCGUGCUUAGAAAAAAAAUCAAAAUAAAUACUACCUCCACCAAGCUUCCUCUCUAAUCUACUUUCCUUCGUUUUUUCUAAUCUACACAAUGAUGCUUCGAUUUGAGAUAAGGUCUACACGAUUUGA